AGAGCCAGCAUGUGGAUAACGUGGUGUGUGGCUGCCCUGUCCGUGGCGGCUGUGUGCGGUUUCCGCCAAGACACGAACACCGUCCUCAGGGUUACCAAAAAUGUGCUGAGCGACGCCAUUUCGGGCACCCUGCAGCAAAGCGAUGCCCUCCACACGGCCCUGAGAGAGGUGCCCAUGGGUGUUGGUGGUGUUCCCUACAAUGACUUCCAUGUCCGAGAGUCACCCCCAGUAUAUACCAACGGCAAACAGCUUGGUGGUAAUUACAAGUAUGGUCACAUCAAUAGCAACGACAACACUGCUCAGCUUGGGGGCAAAUACCGAUAUGGGGAGAUCCUUGAGUCAGAUGGAAGCAUCAGGGACCUCCGAAACGGUGACUACCGCAAUGGCGAGAAUGCAUAUGGCGGCCAUAGGGGCUAUGGGCGGUAUAGGUCAGCAGAAGGCACAUCAACUGUGGGCAGGCUUCACCGACGAGAGCUGCGGCCUGGAGAAAUCCCACCUGGCGUGGCCACUGGGGCUCUGGGCCCCGGUGGUUUGCUGGGCACUGGAGGCAUGCUGGCAGCUGAUGGCAUCCUGUCAGGCCAAGGUGGCCUGCUCGGUGGAGGAGGUCUCCUUGGUGACGGAGGACUUCUUGGAGGAGGAGGCGUCCUAGGAGUGCUCGGCGAGGGUGGCAUCCUCAGCACUGUGCAGGGCAUCACAGGGCUUCGCAUUGUGGAACUGACUCUUCCUCGGGUGUCUGUGCGGCUGCUGCCCGGUGUGGGCGUCUACCUGAGCCUGUAUACCCGCGUGGCCAUCAAUGGGAAGAGUCUCAUUGGCUUUUUGGACAUUGCUGUAGAGGUGAACAUCACGGCCAAGGUGCGGCUGACCAUGGACCGCACAGGUUAUCCUCGGCUGGUCAUUGAACGAUGUGACACCCUCCUGGGGGGCAUCAAAGUUAAGCUGCUGAGAGGACUGCUCCCCAACCUUGUGGACAACUUAGUGAACAGAGUCCUGGCCAACGUCCUCCCUGACUUGCUUUGUCCCAUUGUGGAUGUGGUACUGGGUCUUGUCAAUGACCAGCUGGGUCUCGUGGACUCUCUGAUUCCUCUGGGGAUAUUGGGAAGUGUCCAGUAUACCUUCUCCAGCCUGCCGCUUGUGACUGGGGAAUUCCUGGAGCUAGAUCUCAAUACUUUGGUCGGAGAAGCUGGAGGAGACCUCAUCGAUUACCCACUGGGUCGACCAGCUGUGUCUCCCAGGCAGAAGAUGCCAGAAUUGCCCCCCAUGGGAGACAACACCAACUCCCAACUGGCCAUGUCUGCCAAUUUUCUGGGCUCAGUGCUGACUCUCCUGCAGAAGCAGAGGGCACUAGAUAUUGACAUCACUGACGGCAUGUUUGAAGAGCUUCCUCCACUCACCACAUCUACGCUGGGGGCACUGAUUCCUAAGGUGUUCCAGCAGUACCCAGAGUCCCGCCCACUCACCAUCAAGAUCCAGGUGCCUAACCCACCAACGGUGACGCUGCAGAAGGACCAGGCCAUAGUGAAGGUGUUUGCCACGGCUGAGGUCACGGUUUCCCAGCCCAAUGAUGUCGAGACCACCAUCUGCCUCAUUGAUGUGGACACAGAACUCUUGGCCAUGUUUUCCGUGGAGUCAGAUAAGCUCAUGAUCGAUGCCAAAUUGGACAAGACCAGCCUCAACCUCAGAACCUCAAAUGUGGGCAACUUUGACGUUGGCCUCAUGGAAGUGCUUGUCGGGAAGAUUUUUGACCUGGCAUUUAUGCCUGCAAUGAACGCUGUGCUGGGCUCUGGAGUCCCCCUCCCCAAAAUCCUCAACAUUGACUUCAGCAACGCGGACAUCGAUGUCCUGGAGGAUCUUCUGGUAUUGAGCACCUGA